UUGAAGAUAAAUCAAUUUCAGAAGGAAAGCAUGGAUACCCAGUUUAACACAAAACCACUCCACUAAACUGAAAACAUGGAAAACCCUAUACCGGUCUCCUUUCUAUAACUUAGACUUUGGUGCAUUGGUCUCUUUAUUCCCCUGGGGUACCAUUAGAGGCCUAUGGUGCCCAGUCUCCCCCACCCCACCCCCACCCACUACACACAUACAUUAGUAAGGAAGCAGGGUUCUUUCUCCGGACUGGCAUUCAUACCAUAAACUAUUAGGGAGGGUUUUAAGGGCUGAAUGUCCUUUCACUCUAGCACACCUGGGAAGAGAGUGAAUGUUUUGAUUUUCCAGUGUUCUCUUAGGUGACUUUGACUCUCAUUUAAGUGAAUGUAGGAAGUGUUUGUCUUUGUCCAGCAUGCUUCCCUUCCCCUGGGCAGUACUGAGCCGUUUUCUGGAUCCUUGUUCUCCUCUAGCUAUGUAAUUAGAAGUGUCCAUGUGUCUGGUCUUGCUUUUCCAGGUCCCAAACACUUGGUCAAGAGGCUAAUAUCUGGCUGAAGCUAAGUCGGUUGUGGCACCCCCAACUCCUAGUCUUAGUGAUGAUGUAAAAAGACCAGCAUAUAACUCAAAGUGUGCCAAGGAAAGUCACUAAGUUACCUAGGUUGGUCUUGAACCUGUGAUCCCCGCAACUCGGCCUCUUCCUUACUUGUCCCGUACCAACAUUUCUAACAGCUCUACUGUUUUGUUGUUUGAACAAAUUUAUUUCACAUUUUAAUAUUUUCUGUUUUUCUUUCUCUUGUUCUUACUGUUUCAACAUGGUCUUAUUAGCCCAGACUGGCUUCUACUUUGCUGUGACCUUGGACUUCUGAUCUUUCUGUACUGAUAUGGAUGACUCAAAUGACCCACUUGCUACACGAUGGUCAGCUGUAUGUGCUGUUGAAGAUCACUCAAUCCCAGGGCUUCUGAAUGCUGGACAAGAACCGAGCUACAGGUCCGGCCUGUAGUAUCUCCAGAUACUACAUAUAUAAAGCUAUAUAGAUAUACUCCAGAUCAAAAGCUUUAUAAAUGCGACUGCGAUGGACACUGAGUAACCCUUCCUGUAACUUCUCGGAGUUUCUUCCAUCAGAAUUGGGUGGCUGAUCUCACAGAAGAGCCUUGUGGAAUUGAUCUGAAUCCAUUCCUGGACUUGGGAAGCCUAACAGGUACUUGGGAAUAGAGAGGAUAGACAUGAGGGUAAAGAGGUCUUGGUUCUGGAACAAAGGGGCAAUGGUAGAUCAAAUGUCUAUAUCAACAGUUUUGAACUUUUCAAAAUUUUAAAAUCCUUAAAAAGUAAAAAAAAAAAGUCUAAAUUCUUUAACAGCAAUGUUUGAGAGUGUUAGUUGCUCCAGACCCUGAUGAUUUGGGCUACUACACCAUAUUAAUAACACGUUUGAUAAACUGAUAAUAAUUAUUGAUAAUUUGUACCAGUAGUUCCUAGCAUAUGCUUAUGGUGCUAUACCUAUGUUCCUUUACGGGACAGAAUUUUAUGUGGCUCAGGAUGGCUUUGAACUGACUGUGUAGCUGGGAAUGAUACUGAACUUCUGGUCCUCUUGCCUCCACUCCAAAGUGCUGGUAUUACAGGUAUGAGCCAACACAUGGCUGUGUGUGAUGUUGGGAGUUGAACCCUGGACCUCAGGCAUGCUAGGCAAGCACUCUUCUCACCUGAGCUACAACCCCAGACCACAAGUUAGUGGACAGCAUUAAGUCUUUAGCAGAGACAUACAACAUCAGGAAAAUGACCUCAUUUCCUGUAAAUUCAGUAGCUACCUAAAAUCAAAUGUACAGACACAUACUUCAUUCUAUAAGGGGAAAACAGAAUCAUUCCCACCAGGAACACAUCAAAAUAAUGUGAAUUAAGGUAGCUAUGGACAUCUCGGAAAGGUUUCUUUUUUAUUUGUUGUUCUUUCGACAGCAUCUUACUAUGCAGUACAGGGUGGCUUACAACUCAAGAUCAUCCUGCCUCCUGAUCCCAAGUGUCAGAACUGCAGGGUGCUCUACCACUGCCAACGAUGAAAAGGUUUAGUUUUUUUUUUUUUGUUAUUUUGUUUUUAUGCAUAAGGAAAGUUACUGAUUUUUGGUUUAGGGUUUUAAAAAAUCCAUUUUAAAAUUGCUUAUAUGCGUCUCUCUUUGUGCAUUUCUAUAUGCACACAAUUAAAGGUGCCCUUGGAGUCCAGAAGAGGUUAUGAGAUCCUCUGGGUUUGAAGUGACAGGUGAUGGUCACCUGGCCUAAGCGGGCGCUAGGAACUGAAAGAGAGUCCUCUGCAAGAGCAGUAUGUCAUCUGAGUCAUCUCUCCAGUCCUCCAUGUUCAGCUUCUUGAACUAUCUAAUAUUUAGGAGGUGUAUUGUAGGCCUGAUUGGGAUCCUAUGAAUUUAAUAAAAGGAAUUUGAGUUAAUUGGAUGAUGCCAUAUUUCUGAGUAUCAAAUUUACUAUGGGUGUUAAGUUGCUGCCACUAGCCCUUUAUACCUUUUUCUUCUAAAAAAUAUAUGGAUGUAUCAAAUAUUGAAUUAUAUUGACACACUACAUUCUUUAAAUGAAGCUCUUACCAGUGGCGAGCAGUCCAAAGGCUGUACAUUUACAGCCAUAAAACAUCUUGCUGUAGUGGGUGUCUUUUUAAAAAAAAGAUUUAUUUAUUUUUAUUCUACGGGCAUUGGUGUUUUACCUGUAUGCUCAUCUAUGUGAGGGUGUCAAGUAUCCUUGAGCCGGAGUUACACAAAGUUGUGAGCUCUAUGUUGGUACUGGAAUUGAACCUAGGGUUCACCUGAACUGAACCUCUGGAGGAGGAGACAGGGUUCUGAACUGCUGGGCCAUCUCCCCAGCCCCUGUAGUGGUGUCUUAAUUCUCACAUUGGAGACUAUAGUUAUCAUUUGAGGAUCUAACUUGUCUUACUGGAAAUAUGUUCAAUAAUUAAAGUCUAAGACUCAAGCAAAUUCAAAUUUGUUCCACGAUUUGUUCCUGCACAAAUUACAAAGCCUUGGAAGUUCUUGAGAGCUGCCAUCCAAACUCCAUGACCUUUAUUGUAUCACAUACUCAAGUUAUAUUGCAGUCAUGGGAUGAAUAAAAAGAUACAGAGCUCAAGCCUAAAAAUAGUACUGUGUGGUCUUGCUCAUUUCCAGACCACAGCUUUUUGGGGUUCAGUAUGCAAAGCGGCUCUAUAAGGCGACCUGCAGCUUUAACUGUAAAAGCACGGUAGAGGUAAGUGUGUUGGGGCGUGUAAAACAGUGGGUUUUGUAGCUAACCUCUUUUGAAAGCUAGAAGCUGUAUGGGAAACAUCAUGAGGAAAGCAAGUUUGAGACAUGUGUCUCUAAUCCACAGUAGGCUAAUGUCCCAGGAGGGCUGGAUGUCUGGCAAAGACAACUAAGGCAACAUGUGAGGCCCAGGUGCCUCCACUUACUCACACUGAUCCAGUGCACAUCUGUGUUCACAUGACGGGCCAUGCCCUUGGCCACUUCUAUCAUUUGGGUGAAAGUCAACAGUAAGGCCUGACAGAGUUACGUUUGGAAGGGAUCUCAAGUGAACGGGGCAUUGUGUAUGGAGUGCCUGGCAAACAGAACCCAAUAAAUGUUGGCAUUUUAAAAAUUGUGCACUCACAUUGGAUGAAACCCAGAAAGAGCAAUGAAAGCAGCAGUUGUUUCCAACCUGGGAGGCCCUAUUGCAACCAUUUUAUUCAAACUUUCAAGAGGACAGAGUUGUAUUGUAUUGUGGCUUGCAGGAUGAAAAUACUGUUGGACUUGUGUGUAAUUUUAUCAUGCUACCUUUGUCCCAUCUCGCAUUGACUUUAAAAUCAGCCAUCUUGGGUGGACUUCCUGCUGGUUUUAGCAGACUUAUAAACAAAGUACCUAUUUUCCUAUACUACUUUUCAUAGGGGCAUGGAAAGGAGGGAGGUGGCAUGAGACAAGUGCCCCAAAUGGCUGGCACAAAUGACUGUUCCGUGUGAUAAGGAGUUUUUGGAGAUCCCUAUGGUAGCAAACACAUGGAGGUUCUUAUAAACUGUGAGAGGUCUACAGGCCAUGUGGAAAACUGAAUCUCAUCCACAUACAGACACCCUCUAAACUAGGAGGGCACCCCCCACCUCCUGGGUGGUCACAAUGACAAAUAACAAUAAAGGGUCAUAAAGAAGUUAAAAGGAAUUUAAUUUUUAAUUUUUCUUUCUUUAUAUGGUGGCUUAUCUUUAAAAGUCACAGUGAAAGGUGAAAAAGCUGACUGACCAGUAUAGCUCAAGAGUAAAGCACUUGCCUAGCACACGUAGGCUCUCGAUUCAUUCUGAAACAUCACACCCACACCCACACCCACACACACACCCUACAAUGGGAAUAUUUUAAUUUCGGUUAUAGAAUAGGCAGUAAUGGGAUGGGAAAAGAAGGAUGGGAAAAGAGGGGAAGAAACUGCAAUCAAUAGAUAAUCAAGAAAAAAAUGUCAACACAGGACAGUUUUUGGAGCUGUCGUUUUUUGGUUUUUUUUUUUUAAAUAAGUUUUUUCAGUACUUUCCAGUCAUAUUUCGACCUGUGCUAACCUGCUAACUUUUUUUUUUAAAGAAACUUUAUCUACUUUUUUCAUUUUGAAGGAUUUAGAUUUUUUUUGAUAUUGUAUUUUAAUUACAACAUAUAUCUCUCCCCACUCUCCCCCAAAUCCAUGGCCUCUUUUUUCUCUAUUCUUCUCUCAUACAUCCCAACUGUAUCUUCCUUGCCCUCUACUCCUCCAGGCCCCUGCCCCCAAUCUCCCCUCUCCCCCAGAUUCACUGCUCCUCCAUUUUUCUUCAGGAAAGUCCAAGCCUUCUAGUAAUAUUCACUAAACACGGCAUAACAAGAUGCAAUCGGACUAGGCACAAAUUCACAUGGGGCACCCCUACAGAAAGUCUGGCUUGUGGCUAAUCAGCAAUGAGAUUUAGGUUUGAGGGGCAGUUAUAGUGGCAAGGAAAAUGGACUCAGGGUGAUGUGUAAUGAGUAGGCAUAGAUGAAAGUGAAUUACAGCGUUUCCACGGUAUUUUACCCCACUUUCAGACGGGUGCCUUCCCUUUUAGAUAUAAAUGCUCAGUAAGGAAUAUUAUCGCCAAAACUGUAGUUAUGUGCUCUAUAACAGUAUUUUUGGUUAAUAACAGACCAGUACACUGGCUAUACAAUUUCUAAUAUCCAGUGAUGUUAAAGUUAUGGUAACAUUUUGUGCAAUGCAUAACUCAAGUGUUUGUGGUGAUGCUGUCGGAAGCCUUCUGUUUCUAGCACACUGGUAUGUAUUCAAUAUGGCACAUAAUAAUAGUUACACAAUAGUAAGUAACUGUUGUUUCUGUAUUAACUAUACCUUUCAUGACUUAGGGAAGUAUUCACUAUUUUCAUGUGGCUAUUUUCAAACUAGGUAUCAACCAGCAGCUUCAAUAGUUCUGGCACUAUUUUGAACCACUUUUUCACCCUCCUCUCUUCAGUGUCUUUUCUUUCUAUUCAUGCAAAUUAUUCUUUAACAGUAAUUACUGUCUUUUCUGCAAAGAAACUGUUUUCUUUAGUUCCUGGAGUAUCAGCACUUUAGACCGCAGAUAAUCCUGAAAAAGGAGCAGACUACGAAGAAGACACUAAUCAUACUAGUGGCCUGUGUUAGUCACCAAGCAUCAUCUCAUCCUGCUUGCUUGUCUCGUAGUAGGUCAUCAAUAUUUGUUUUAUGAAUAAAGUAUGAAUAAAGGUAAGUCGUCAGUGCGUAAAAACCUGAGGCCUUCCACAAUUUGAGUGUUCAAUAGCACGUCUCAUUAACAGUUCAUGAGCUAAACCUUUCAUCUUGACUUUCGGAAUAGAAUGAAAUUCUACGCAAGCCUUCCCCAGUCAAUCUGCCCUCGCGGCAAUGGCUGAGGAUGUGCUGUCAUUCCAUUUAAAAGCAUCUUUUUCCUCCUCUUGAGAGCAAUGAUUGCCCCUGCAGUAGACCACACUGCCCCCCACUUCCGCUGCCUGUCGUCCCCACGGGUUCCAGACCUCAACCCGGUCCGUCACAGAACCGCGCGUAAAUCCGCCCUCUCCUCCGACCCCCGCCGCCUUCGCCAGCUUCCGUCUAGCUCGCUUUUGGGACAAGUGAUGCAAAGGAGCUCUGCUUCCGCGUCGGCGACGGCGUGGGCAGUGACGUCACUGCGCUCUGACGUCAGGACAACGUGCAGUGCGGUCGCCCGGGAGACCGGGGAAGCCGUUUUACACCCAGCGGAGUCCCGGGCUAGCCUGUUUUUCUGCAGUGCUCUCUCAGUGCGAUUAGAGGAGUCAUGGAUCGUCACAUUCCCAUGCACGCCUUACCCAAAGAAAUCCAACAGAGUUCAACAUGCAAGCAUGCAGUUAAAAAAGCAACAAAAUGAAUUUCAGAGAGUACAGAAAGAAUUAAGUCAUCUACAACUUGAGUUAAAAAUUAAACAAAAACAAUCUCAAGUCUUCAGUCAAAGAUUGUCAGAAUACAAAUACUUCUGGAAUAAGACUCUUUUAUUACUUACUUUUACUAAAAGGGAACUAACAAGUAUUAAAUAUGAAAUAAAUGAUAAUUUUCAAAACUGGACUUCACUGAAAGGAGAAGUGUUUCUACAAAUUAAAUCUAUAAGUGAUACAGCCUUGGCAGAGAUAGAUAUGUUAAAUAAGAGUCUGACAGUGUCUCAGAGAAAUAAGGUAAGCCUGGAAGAGGAAAUGAAAUGUCUCAAAGUGUUGUCGGAUGCAGCCAUAUUGAGGUCUCAGCAGAUGGAGGCGUCCAAGCAGCAUGAAGUGAACCUGCAAGCCAGGUGCUACGAGCUGCAGAAGGAGGCACUGGAUUUACAGUGUCAAGUAGAGGCCCUUGGGCUGAGACUUCAGAAGACAGUGAAGGAGCUGGACAACUGUAAAGAGAUGCUCAUGCACAAAAGGCUACUUAAAGAAAAAGAAGACUCUUUAAUUACUUGUCAACAACUAUAUAAAACCGUACAGGAAGAGCUGACUACAAAAGGGAGACAAGAGGAAGAUAUAAAGCGAAGAAUCAACCUUGCCGAAAAUGAACUAGAGAUGACCAAAACGCUCCUGCUUCAGACACAGGAAGAAAUUUUAACGCUGAAAAAUGAAAGGGAAUUGAUGCUGGUUUCUCAUCAGAAAAGCAUCGAGCAGCUGCAGGAAACCCUGAGACAGAAGCUGCUGAGCGAUGACAGCUGGAGGGAGAAGAUUGAAGCUGAGCUCAGCAAGGAAAGAGCCCGGCAUCGCAUUGAGUUCCAGGACCAAGCUCUUCUCUUUAAGGAGGAAGCUAAACUGGAACUUGACAUUGAAAAAGAAAAGCACCAGGAAAUAAUCCGGAAGUAUCAGAAAGAACAAGAGGGCCUGCAGAGCAAGAUAGCUGACCUAAUCGCAGAUGCUACAAAAGACCUGAGGCUGGAAGUGGCCUCUCUCCAAGAAAAACUCCAUGAGUCCCAUGCGCGGUACACAGAAGAGUCUGAGUCAAAGAAAAAAGAAAUUGAAGACCUGAAAAAUCUGGUUGCAGAAUUGGAGUGUCGUUUGAAGGAGGAAACUGGCCAUGAUGAUUCAGUUUCCAAAGAGUUGAAGAAGGAAAUGAAACAGAAGUCAGAUGAGCUGGAAAGAGUAAGGCUGGCCCAGACACAGCUGCUGCAGCAGUUCAGCCAGUCACAGGAAGAGAACACUUUUCUCCAGGAAACAGUGCGCAGAGAGUGUGAAGAACGCUUUGAACUGACAGAGGCUUUGAGUCAAGCCAAAGAACAGCUCCUGGAGCUUAAGAGGAGCGGAGGAAGCUUACGGUGUUCCCUCAAUAAGGGUGCCCUAACCCACCCUGUCUCGGCAGUCAGUAAUCACCGCGAGCUAAGCAAUGUGAGACACAACUGUGGACGAGGCACCAGCUCGGCCAGCCUGCGCGGACUGCCAAAACCCACCGCAACCCCAACCCCAGAUAAACUCAAGAAGGUCGACAGCUCCGGACUGCCUGCCCUUUCCCAGGCAUAUCCUCCCAGGGGCCGAGCAAUUUCAGUAACCGAGGCCAGGCAGAGGUUGACAGCCAUCAUUCGCAGGAGGCUGAGUCAGCAGCGAUGACCUGCUUGGGAGGGUUCCACCCUCGGUGUAUACCCCCUUGCACAGCAAGGCAGUGACUCACUGUAACCGGGUGCCAGGAAACAAACAUGUACGAAGCUAGAACUGUGAAGACACAGUUUUCAAAGGGCCUCAGAGACUGCAACAGAUAAUGAAGCUGGUACUCCAGAGAUCUGACUUCUACGUUCAUGUAUAUAUUUUAUACUCUUCAAAUCUGGCCCUUAGAGACCACAGGGAAAAACUUCUCAUCCUGGCGAGUUUUUCUCUUCCUCCCUCACUUCCUGUCUUCCAUCCCCCACCCUUCCUCUCCUUUUUCUACCAUAGCAAGUAGCAUAUCGACACAAAAUAGAUUAUAUUGGCUUUAUAGCAUUUUUUCAUUUGUUUAUUGAACUAAAUAGAUGUAAGCAUUCCAACUAGAAAAAGAAAGUCCUUAAUUGAUUUCCAAAGUCCUUAUAAUAUUUACAGAGCUAAUAAUCAUCUUCAAAUGCUCAGCGUACCUGGUUAUCUGACUGCUUUGUAGACUGGGUCAAAAGUAAGGAUAGCCUUUUAGAAGACUAUCUGCUGUGGGUCUCGGACCUCGUACAAAAGACAGUGAUUCCCAUUCAAGGAAAAGUAGUUUGAAUCUCUAAUUAUGAAUAUCACUUUAGAAAACGACAUGACCAUGAAAAUACAUCUUAGUGCAUAUUUCUGCAUUGAAUACUUUUUGGUACACAGCUGAGUUCUAUUGAACUUGUAUUUUCCAGCCAUGGGGAAGAGAACUAACACAAGGUCACUUAGUAAAAAAAAAUACAAGGCUAAUUUGGAUUCAAAAUUGAUUACCCUUGAAAGUGUCUAACUGAUUAACAGUUUCUAUUCUCAGUGUGAGAAUGUAAAACAAGAUACGCUAUUUAAAGUUACCAAGCUCUGGCUCAUGUAGCUGAUCUUACCUCCAGCAACCAUUCAUCUGUCUUUUCUCCAUCUGAUAGGACUGUAUUUGUCUUUAUAAUGGGGGAGGGGGACCAAAUCUGAUAUAUCAUGGACAUUAAACUUUCCUCGUCUCAUAUAGGAAUACUAGUAACUUGUGAUUAUAGCACAUUUAAUUAUCUAUUUGGCUGCAGUGUUGAUGAGAGAAAACAGUGGUUCUAGCAUCCUAACCAUGGCAUAAAAGAGUGACAUCACUAAACAAAACCACAGUUAUCUCCGUCUUUUUAAGACUUAUAAACCGCUUUAACCUUAAAAUGAUUCCACAUUAGCUCCCUGGCUACUUUAGGUAAGAUAUCUCUGUGUUAAGGAUUAGGAUGCUGUCCGUUGUUUACAGAGGGGCCAUUCUUCAUAAUGGCUUUGCACGAGAGAGCACAAACUACAGAAGAGUGGCUCAAGGAUUGCCCUCGCCCUCUCCACAGAUAAGAAGCAGACGAAAAGCAUGUUACUUGGCUAAAGGAGUAUACUUAGAGACAGAGUCGAACCAGGACCACUGUCACUUAAUCCCAGUCUCUCCAACCUUAAAAGCUUCCCAGGCUCCACCAUGACUGUUGUCAACAGCACCCACACUGUAGUUAAUUAACAUUGUUUCCUCCUUAAGUGCACCGACUUUUGAAACUUGAGUUGUAUAAGAAGGAAAUUGAUUCAGGGAAGAGUAAUGAUAAAGUAACAAAUGUCCUUUGCUAAUUAUACUUUUCUAGAGAACUCUAAGUGUGCAUCUAUUAAAACAAGAAAUGUUAACUGGUAUUCCCCUUCCUUGAUAGCAUCUUGUAUAACACGGCAGGGACCACUGCACUCGAUCUCCUUGUUCUGAACUUUUGUUUGCACAUUGAAUUACAAGGACCUGUGACAUAAGGUGGAUGGUAAAGGAGCAAAGGCUAUCUUGGGCAAUGAUCUCUGUCAUCAGGUUCAACAUGCUUUUUCACUGUUUUGCAAUCUCAGCAUACAAUGAGUUUCUUUUUUUUUUUUUUUUUUUUUUUUUUGGUUCUUUUUUUUUGGAGCUGGGGACCGAACCCAGGGCCUUGCGCUUCCUAGGUAAGCGCUCUACCACUGAGCUAAAUCCCCAGCCCCAAGUUUCUUUAUUCUUACUGGGAAUACAGGUCAGUAAGAAAAGUCACGUGUAAGCUUUUCUAAACUGAUAGAAGGACUGCCCUUGCAAAACAUGGUUUCUUAGAUUGUUGAUACACUCUUGCUUUACAAUGAAGGACUACCUCUGUAACUCAGACAGGGACCAUUGUUUGCCACGUGGCUGUGUUAUAUGCUACAAAGAUAUCGGGGAAGUAUAAACAGAAAAAUGGUAGUCACAUUUAGUUUAACCUACACCCUCUGAGCAGUACCGCUUGAGCUGCAGGAAUAAGUAUUUGAAGAAGGAAAUCCUUAAAAGUGGCACAAGAACUGGUUAACAACAAAUCUCCUUUAUUUUUCCAUGGAUGAACUCUGAGCGUGAAAGAGUAUCAGGAAUUAGCAGUGAAGGGCUAGGACGGCUCGGCCAUUAAGAGCACUUGCUGCACUUGCAGCGGACCCUGCUUUGUUUCCUGUCCUCACAUGGCAGCUCAAACUGCAACUCCAUCAGAACCUGAUGCCCUCUUCUUACUUCUAGGGGCACUGCACAUAGGCAGUACCCAUACAUUCAUCCUGGCAAACCACACGUACAAAUAAAGUAAGGAAAUAACUUAAAAAUAAUAAAUAAUUGUUCCAAAGUACCAGAGCAUCUUGAAUCACAGGUUAAUCCUAAAGCUAUCCACUUGCUUCUUUAACAGAUAUGGAUACUAUCAUAAAAGAUUAUGGUGAGAGCUAGAAAAGGAAAAAGGAAAAAAAGACGUCGAUCCUCAAGAACUGUAUAGUAGGGGCCAAUAAUAAAGUAUAUGCGGACACGAAAUAGAAGGGAGAUGUCGAGCAAAGAGUUGGAACAAAGUAGUAAAGGAAUCUCAGAGGAACCAGGGAUGCUUUAAAACACAAUUGGCCAAUUCAAGUUCUCAAAAAGAGGAGUGGAAUUGUACAGAAAGGGGGUAUUCUAGGUAGAGAAGUGUGUAAACUGAGGCCCAGACAUGGGGAUCACAUGAGCAUUUGAUGGGGGGAGCUAGCAGCAGCCUGAGUCCCAGGUAGACUGAUGUCAUUGCUAGGGGGUGUUGAGUAAGGGCCAGUGCGUGCUUUUAGCUGGAGGUGGAUGUGCUCGGCUGGAAAUUGGGAGCACUGCCCUGGCACUGCUGUGCUGUGCUAUCAUGGAACGGGAAGGCUGGGGAUGCAACAGCAGCUGGCAGACAAUGAGGAGUCCAGACGAGUUAAUGAAGUUCUAAUGAAGACAUUUGUGUUGGGAAUAAAUAAUAGGCAUCAGAUUAAAAACCUAUUCAGAGUAGGGAAAAGAUUUUUUUCUCCUGCUGACUGCAGCUUGAAAGUAUUGCCAGCCCUUGACACGUUGGCAGGAGCCCCUUUGAUGAGUCUGGCUCUAAUCAGAGGAUCAUCUCUAUUUAAGAAUAUUAUAACCCCUCUGCAUAAUGUGGAGGAGGAGGUGCAUGUCGCUUGGGAAAUGCAGGACCCCACAGACAGCUACCCGUAAGAACUCUCCUUACAGGUCCGAAGGGUGUUCUACGAAUUAUGGGAAGAGUGAGAAAUGGACAUUAAACAGAAGCAAUCAUCGUCUUGACUCAAAGAAUGCAAGGGCAACUAAACAGGAAGACUCUGGAGUGACGCGUGCAAUAAAACCUCCCGAUUCUCACACUUGGGAAGGGAAAUAUAAAAGACAAUGCUCAAAAUAAGGGUUAUCUUAAUAUCUUUACAUUUUAUAGGACUGAAGAGACCUGGUACAUCACCUGGUCCAGAUUUAUAUCUUAUGUGGGUAGAUAAUAGUUGACUUAGUUAAUUACUUUUCUAUUUGCAUAACUGUGUAACAUCAGACUGAAUGAAAGAACCUGGGCUUCAACUUCUGGCUUACAUGUCUCAUUUCCAGACAGAGAAUAUGCCCCAUGUGCCAGGUUUUUAUACUCAGAGUCAGCCUUCCAGCAAGAUCAGGACCUACUACCUUUCGAAAUGCAGAAUUUCAGGCCUCGCACCCAAACCUAUGACUGAACUAUUCUCUCCUCUCCUCUCCACCCUUUCUCUCCUCCUCCUCUCCCUCUCCUCCCCUCCCCUGCCCUCAUCUCCUCUGCUGUCCUCUCCCCUUCUCUCCCCAGCUCCUUGCAUGCACUACACAAUCACUCUUAGCACUGAGCUAGAUCCCCAGCCUUAGGUCUUAGUCUCUGGUGAUUGUGUUUACAUUGGGUUCGUUGCCCAUGGUCCAGUAUUCCACAUCUACUCACCCCAAGGUAAACAAAAUAGCCUUGCCUUAUUUAGUCCCUGUGCCUAAGGACAACAGUGGGCUAAUGAGACAUUCCCCCCACCGUGUGCCACAUGGACCCACUAACACCUUCUCCCAGUGCAUUAAGAUUCUUCUGUGUGGCCAUUGAUUCAGAGUCCAUAACUCUCUAGGGAAAAUAGUGGUUAAAGAAAAUCAAUAUUCAUCCCUAAAAAUCCUAGAACACAUCUCAACACCCAAAGCUGUGAGCCACAGAACAGUUGGAGAGUUUAUUGUUUUAAUCUGAUAGAGGAAUUCUGGUUUAAUAAUUGGCAGCACACUGAAUAAUCAUAAACUUUAAUCUCAUAAUAACAUGUAUUUGAACAUCUGUUUACGUUUGUAAUGGUGAUAUCAACUCAUUGUCUUCUGAGACUUGUGAAAUACAGACUUCUUGGGAAAUUUUCUAGGGAGAUAAAGUAAAUGCAUUGAAACUAUUUCUCCUGGAAGUAGUUUUGAACCAGUAGAUUAUUAUGAUUUAAAGACAGAAUUAACACUGGCUAAAUGGAAUUCAGUUCAGAUUCUCAGUUUCACAAAUCUGGACAGCACAAUGAGGUGUUAAACACACUUGCCUGUGAACACGGCAUUAAAGGACAGUCUUUAAGUGUGCUGUCCUUUCUUGUCGGCAUUGUGCUGUGCGAGUGAGCCUGAGGAGAGAGCCUGAGGACAACCAGACAGCUCGUGUUGUCCUGAGCUGCUCACAGCUCUGCUGCUGAGCCUGUUCUCCCAUCCAUUCUUUGAAUGUUUUUAAUUAAGAAAAGAAUGAAAGAAGCCAGUUGUGAUAGCACACAACUGUCAUUGCAGCACCAGGGAUGUAGAGGCAGGAGGAUCACUAAGUUCAAAGCCAACCUAGGCUACAUGGCACAUUUGAGGCCAGCCGCAUAUAGAGACUGUCUCAGUCAACCCAUCAAUCAGUGUGAAGAUGAUAAUGAGAUGGAUUGAGUCCAUUUGCCAUUUAAAAUUUUAAUACAUCAUAUUAGUAUAUUUAGUGCUGAUACUUGCAUAGUUAGAGUUAAAAAUACUUCUCUUAGUUAAGUGAGUCAAACUCAACAAUUAGACGUGUCUAACCGAGGACAGUGAAGCAUUUUAUAGGCUUUUGUAAGGCAUCUGUGUGAGGAGGAUUAGCUCUGGCAGUAGAUUUAUUUGCUGAGGAUGUGAGCAGCUGGUCCUGCCUCGCUGCCAGCGCUGUCUCCAUCUCCCAGGCGAGCUCUAUGCGGCCCACCACAUUAAUCUAGAGAGAUCUAUCUGUCCUCUGUCUUCUUGAAGCAAAUGAGUUCUCCAGUCAUAAUUUUCUAUCCACAGCCUUAAAUUUCUAGGGAAUUAAGGUCACUGCCAAAAUUCAAGUGACUCCUUUUUACUUAUUGAAAGCAGGAUUUCUGAAAGCUCCUGAGUAGUCAACUUUUCCACCCACUGUUUCCAGACUUUAACAUAUUUGUGUAUUUGAGGCUUAAGCUUGGGUUGCAAGGAUCUCAAAUCUGAAAUCCUCUCCAUUUCCCAUGUAGUGUACAAUACUUAAUAUAGAAACUGAGAUACGUACUUUUAGUGAGCUAGAGAAAAAGACCCACCUCUGUACCUGAACAGUCCUCUUGCACAUAUUUAGGUUGGAAUCUUAAACAAUCAGAAGUCCGAGUAGCUGUUUUGGGCAUUUUGAAGAUAGCCAGAAUGUUGUAAAUAUUGGCACUUGUACAAAAAUUUUUAUGACUGCAAAAUCUUUAUUGAACUACCAUAUUAAGUUACUAUAAAUACAUAAUCUUUUGUAAUUUUUCUAUUUUGCACUAAUAUAAUAGUUAUUAAUGCUAUCACCCUUAUAAUGACAUAAAUAUAUUUUAAUGAAUAAUUAGAAAUAAAAAUAAAUUUUAUUAGUAGUCCAUUUUUAUUUAAUGUAUGUAGUUAUAUGAGUGUAUGCCUGUGUGCAUGUACCAUGGUGUUUGAGUAGAGGUCAGAGGUCAACUUUGGGAAUUCAGUCCUCUGCUUCCACUGUGGAAUCUGGUCCUCAGGCUCGCCUAGCAAUCGCUUUCAUCCACUGAGUCACCUUACUGGCCUUGACAGCGCUUCUGUGAUGAGUUGGAUCAUAUCCUUUUCUUUAGAUUUAGUGGAAAAUUAAAAUCUAAGGAUAGUAACCUAUGCCUAUAAUCCUAGCCGUUGAGAAGUUGGAGCAAGAAGAUGCUGAGUUCCAGGCCAGCAUAAUGAGUUAUUGGCCAGUCUGGACUGUGAACUAUGAGGUGCUGUCUUCCGAAGAUUAAAAUGACAUAAGAAGAACAGGAGGGAGAGUAAGAAAGGCCUUUGUAGGAAAGAAGGCAAUUGACUGGUCUUUAUGUUGGAUAUUAGUUAUUUUGAGAAAAGUUCAACUAUGUAGCCUAGUCUGGCCUUGAACUCAUUAUCUUCCUGCCUCAGCUUCCCGACUGCUGGGAUCACGGGUAUGCUCCAUCAUUCUGAGAAUGUUUUAUGUCUUAUUACUUGGUGUCUUAUUAAGUUAAAUGUUUCAAAAACUUUUCUCUGGCAUAUCUGUAAUAUACUCAAUAAAAGUAUAUCAAUAAAUGUUGAUAAUCUAUAUAUUUGAAUA